GGCAGAACUUGCGAGCCUGAGCUGAAGAGCCUGGCUCGGAAGUACAGGCAUCCGCUUGAGCAAGCCAGUUUCACACCCUGGAUCAGAGAACCACCCUUGCUGCACCAUGAGCCGCGUUCGGGAUGCUGGCUGUGUAGCAGCCGGGAUAGUGAUUGGGGCUGGUGCCUGGUACUGUGUCUACAAAUACACCAGGGGAAGAGACCAGACGAAGAAGAGAAUGGCCAAGCCCAAAAACCGGGCUGUGACUGGGACUGGAGCAAGGGCAAGAGCUGGACUAAGGGCGGGAUUCACAAUCGACCUUAGGCCAGGAAUCAGUCCCCCGACCCCAGUUCGUGCAGUGGCAGAGGACGGGGUCCAGGAUGAAGUUUCUGCUGUGGACGCGGUUGGAGCUGAGGCAGUGGCCCAACCUACAUCCAAUCCUGAGGCCCAUAGUGAAGUAGGAAGUCAGGCCCAGGAGGCAACUGGGGCUGAGGUUGGGCCUAAGGCCGAAUCAGUAGUCGGGGCUACAGAGGCUUCUACAAGAGCACCACCUCCUGGGGUAGCAGAGGCUCCCGCGCCUGCAGAAGCCCCUGCAAUGUCAGGGGCUCCCAAAGUAGUGGCAGAAGCCCCAAGUGCAGCGGAGGCUUGCAGGGCAGUAGUGCCUCCUGGGACAGUGGUGCCUCCUGGGACAGUGGCGCCUACUGAGGCAGCAACACCCGCAGAGGUGGCUGAGCCUCCUGAGAUGGCAGUGCCUACUGAGGUGGCCGAGGUGGCCGAGGUUCCCAUAGUGGUAGCACCUGCCGAGGCAGCUGAGUCUCCUGUGCCCGCAACGCCUACUGGGGCUGCAGAGACUCCUGGAACUUGCGGGUCCCCUAAAACAACAGUAGUUCCUGGAACAGCAGCCGCCAAGAAAGCAACCCCUGGAGCUCACACUGGGGCUAUACCUAAGGCUGGGUCAGCGACUGGAGCUGUACCCAAAGGUGGAGCCAAGGGUGGAAACAAGUCCCGGAAUGGGGGCAAGGGCAAAGGCAAGAAAAGCAAGGUUGAAGUAGAUGAAUUGGGAAUGGGUUUUCGCCCUGGAGAUGGGGCAGCCGCAGCUGCUGCAGCCUCUGCUAAUGGGGGACAGGCUUUCCUGGCACAGGUCCCUGAAUCUGAGGAAGGGGAGUCCGGGUGGACUGACACAGAGUCGGAUUCAGACUCUGAACCCGAGACCCAGCGCAGAGGGAAAGGAAGAAGACCCGUUCAGAUGCAGAAGCGCCCCUUUCCUUAUGAAAUUGAUGAAAUUCUGGGUGUCCGGGAUCUCAGAAAAGUCCUUGCCUUGCUUCAGAAAUCGGAUGAUCCUUUCAUCCAACAGGUAGCCUUGCUCACCCUGAGCAACAAUGCCAAUUAUUCAUGCAAUCAAGAGACAAUUCGCAAAUUGGGAGGCCUCCCAAUUAUUGCGAACAUGAUCAACAAAACCGAUCCCCACAUUAAGGAGAAAGCCUUAAUGGCCAUGAAUAACCUGAGUGAGAAUUAUGAAAAUCAGGACCGGCUUCAAGUAUACAUGAAUAAAGUGAUGGAUGAUAUUAUGGCCUCUAACCUGAACUCAGCAGUACAGGUAGUUGGACUAAAAUUUUUAACAAACAUGACGAUUACUAAUGACUACCAGCACCUGCUUGUAAAUUCCAUUGCAAACUUUUUCCGUUUGUUAUCUCAGGGAGGUGGAAAAAUCAAGGUUGAGAUUUUGAAAAUACUUUCUAAUUUCGCUGAAAAUCCAGAUAUGCUAAAAAAACUUCUCGGUACCCAAGUGCCAGCAUCAUUUAGUUCCCUCUAUAAUUCUUAUGUGGAAUCAGAAAUUCUUAUUAAUGCCCUUACUCUAUUUGAGAUCAUCUAUGACAAUCUCAGAGCAGAAGUGUUCAACUAUAGAGAAUUCAAUAAAGGUUCUCUUUUUCACUUAUGCACUACAUCUGGAGUGUGCGUUAAGAAAAUUAGAGCCUUAGCAAAUCACCAUGACCUCUUGGUGAAAGUGAAAGUUAUAAAACUAGUGAACAAAUUCUGAUUGAUUAUGUGCUCUCAAAAGACUUGAAGACAUUUCUUGGUUUUGCAGUCUGGAAGCAUUAAAAAUUGAAAGUUACUGUUUUCUACUUGCUCGUAUAGUAAAGGGAUCCUUUCAGCUGCCAGUUUUAAAUAAUGUAUCAUCCAGAGUGAUGUUAUCUGUAACAGUCACCAGCUUUAUGCUGAAUCAUUUUAUGAAUACCAAAUAAAUAAUCCUCUUGUACUGAAAACACGCUUGUGACUUUAAUCAAGCUGCUUGAAUGGGAAUAUUUUUACUGGUUCCUCUGAAUUGACAGUGAACCUGUCCAUCAUGAAUGGCCUACUCUUCUAUUAUUUGUUUUGAAUUUAUCCACCAGAGACUUCAUUUGUGUAUCAUCAAUAAAGUGUGUUUCAACUGACAAAAAAA